CCACAUUCACUUUAGCUUCAUCGAAAUGAUUGCCUGAAUUUUGUUCAUAAAUGAGCAUUGUUAAAUGAGCCCCAUCAAAAGUAGCGUUCCUGUUUCACGUUGGACGUUAAAAAAAAACGCAAAUAUGCGUGCUCGCUAUGCGUCAUGACGUAAUGGAUGUGAGUGGCUCGUGGAGGAGUUGCCGCCCGAUUUCGUUCGAAGAGUCCUGCUUGGAAAAUAAUCAAUUUUUCAUCUCUCCUUGGUCCCGCGGUGUAAUGUAAUCAAUUUAAAGGUGGCAGAAAUUUUCGGACAGGCCAAGAAUCCAUUCAAUCUCGCUUUUCCGUCUAGUCGUUUGGGCGCAAGUUGAAACCUGCUUAGGUUAGCAUAGCCUAGUUUAGCCGCUAACAAAGACAACACUGACAACGCCCUUGGGAUUAACACUUCGCGUAGCAAGCAAACAUCAAGUCCCAAAAUGGCAGAUAUCAGUCAAGCACAUCGUCCUCAAUGCCAGGAGUCUGCUCGCAUUAAAGAAGAAGAGAAUGAGAUAGAGUCGCCUUACAUCAAGAAGGUGGGAGAAGAAUUUGUCCAAAUUAAAGAGGAACAGGAGGAGAACCCCCACAUUCAGGAGUGGCAGCGAACUCAUUCCCUCAAAAAUGAGGAUGACGAGGACCCGCCAUAUGUUAAAGUGGAGGUGGUUGACAUCACCAAAUGGACUGAUGAGUCCUUGAAGGGUGAAGAUGGAGGUCCGAGUGUGGCCAGCAAAUGGGCGGAGCCCCCGAGUGGCAUCAACAGCAGUUCAAAAGAAGGAUCCCAAGCAGACAACCUCAUCGCCCGACCAUCAGAUAACGACGACGCCACAUCUCACUCGCUCUUCUGCUUAAAAAAAUAUCUUGAUCCUGAGCUGCAGGAAUCAGAGUCUCCUGACAUUAAAGAGGACGUUGAGCACCCGCAAAUUAAAAAGGAAGAGUCAGAUGACCCUCAACAGCAAAAGAGAGAAGAGCAACUUCCAAUCAAAAAGGAGGAGGUAGAGCUACCAUACGUCACAAAGGAAGACAAUAUCACCAGGCAGACUGGUGAGCCUUUGAUGAGUGAAGAGGGUCAGAGUGAGACCAGCAGAGAAGUGGAGCCUCCAAGCGGCAGCAGCAGCAGCUCAACAGAAGGAUUGCAAGCGGACCGUUUUACCGCUCCUCUGUCAGAUAGCGAAGACGCCAUGUCACACUCGCCUGACAGUGAUGAUGAAGGUCAUAAGAAAGCUGACAGUGACGACAAACGCAAAUGCUCUCAGUGUGGGAAGACCUUUGUUAAUAAGUAUACUUGUCGUAGGCAUAUGAGGAGCCACACUGGAGUAAAACCUUUUUCCUGCUCAGUUUGUGGUCAAAGAUUCUUUCUAAGGGAUUACUUAAAAACACACGCAAGAACCCACACUGGAGAAAAACCUUUUUCCUGCUCAGUCUGUGGUAAAAGAUACAGUUAUAAGAACAACUUAGCAAUACAUCAAAGAACCCACACUGGUGAAAAACGUUUUCCCUGCUCAGUUUGUGGUAAAAGAUACAGUUCUCAGAACAACUUAACAACACAUGAAAGAACCCACACUGAUGAAAAAGCUUUUUCCUGCUCAAUUUGUGGCAAAAGAUUCUCUUCAGAGAGAUACGUAACAAAACACAAAAUGACCCACAGUGGAGAAAAACCUUUUCCUUGUGCAGUUUGUGACAAAAAAUACAGUUGCAAGAGCGACUUAAAAACACACAUGAGAAACCACACUGGAGAAAAACCUUUUUGCUGCACAGUUUGUGGCAAAAGGUUCAGUUGCAAGAACCGCUUGAAACCACACAUGAGAACCCACACUGGAGAAAAACCUUUUUCCUGCUCAGUUUGUGGCCAAAAAUUCGCUGCAAAGGGAAACCUAACAAAACACAUAGGAACUCACACUGGAGGAAAACCUUUUCCUGCUCAAUUUGUGGUCAAAGAUUCUCUCUAAGAGACACCUUAUUACAAUACAUAAGAACCCAUACUGGUGAAAAACCUCUUGUGCUCAGUUUGUAGUCAACUAUUCAAUCAGAAGGAUCAGGUUAAGAGACGUAUGUGUGAGAAGUGGUGGCCAAGGACAGUUUUGCCUGUCAUUCAUGCUGGCUUCAUCAGUAUGUGCAGGCAAGACGAUUGUAUUCUGUGGACCUUCCUCAAAUCCUGUUGUGAUUUGCUGUUAUUAUUAGAUAAUUAGUUACUAUUAGAUGAGUUUUUAUGGCCUGCAAAACCGUCAUAUACCCCAAAAAAUGCCAUCUACCCCUCAUGCCACAUGGCGAAAAAAAUUUCGCCACAUGGCAAAAUAAUUUCGCCACAUUGCAAAAUAAUUUCGCCACAUUGCAAAAAAAUGCCACAUGGCAAAAAAAAAAAAAAAAAAAAGCCACACGGCAAACAUUUUUUGCCAUAUGGCCAAGUCCAUUUUGCCACCUCGCAAAUACUACUUUUGGUUCUCGCUGUCUCUCUAAUCCAGUUCAAGAUCGUACACAGGUCCAACCUUUCUAAAUCUCAGUUGGCAAACAUUUAGUCUCAAAUUGAUCCGUCAUGUAGUAUUGUCCCAAGAUGCAGCAAUACUGGGAGGGCAUCUGUAAUACACUUUCUAAAAUGAUAAAGGUCAAACUUCCAUUAAAUCCACUUAUAUUUCUCUUUGGGGUCGUGCACGAGAGAUUAGUAUUACCUAUCGGGGGGACAAAAAAAUCAUUGCUUUUUCAACAUUAUUAGCUCACCGCCUGAUCCUUUUUAAAUGGAAGGAUGCAGCCCCACCGACAAUAUCACAGCGGAUCGAACAUGUCACUCCAUCUGAAAUUUGAAAAGAUCAGAUACGUCAUGAGCGGCUCUGAACAAAAAUUUCAUCAAGUGUGAAGGGGUCUUUCUGAACUAUGUUGAUCAUCCUUCAACAAAGAGGAAUGACAUUUCUGUUGUAUAAAGGCAGAUUCAAUAUGUAUCCUGUUAUAUGCUUAUGGUCUUAAAAUAUUUAUGAUUGAUGUGCUAGUACAUGCCUGUGACAGCGGGGAAAGGGUAUUUUAUUUGUAUAUUUUAUUUCUGUUGGGGGGGGUCUUCUAUGGAUCUUUCUGUAAUCCUCUCAAAUCUGAAUAAAUACAUUCAAACACAAAAAAUAUUCUACUUGUUUUCCUCACACUAUGGUAUAAGUGCUAUUUAUUUUAUAUUGGGUGUCUUAGAGUAAUAUAAACAGUCAAACAGUAA